GUCAAUUCGCGAGCAGUAUGGCGCUACGCGCUCCGACACGACAUUGUACGCGGCACGUUCGAUAGACAUUCUAACCUCCAUCCCGACAACGACGCGUCAACCCUGCAGCACUUCCAAUAGUCAUCAUUUCGUCGAUUGAAACCGCGUCGUUUCAGCGUUCAUAGUUCCUUUUAAACGGACCCUAUCUCGAUUGAUGAUGACCCUCGAAACGCAAUGAAAGGAGAAUAAGAGGAGCAAUUGAGAAUUGAAAAGGAGGGAACGGUUAGCCGAGUAUACAAAGAGACCACGAGUUUAGUGGUUAGCGUGAAACCGCGUGCACAACGUCGAAUCAGGCUGUGGUCUGCAGGAUAGAUGCUCUAAGGAGUACUAAUCGCGUUGUGAGGUGAUAUUGCUGGUAGCGUUGGGGAACGCGAUGUGAGAGGAGUAGAAACUGAUAGGUAAAGCGAUAAAAUCGAGGAAGGCGCGGAAAGAAAACUGGAGUGAGAGGGGUGAGUAGAGUCUAGAGACAGCCCCGGUGGCGGUGGUGGUGGCAGUGGUAGUAGCGGUGGUAGUGGUAGUAGUGGUGGUGGUGGUGGUAGUGGUGGCGGUGCUACUGCUGCUGAUAGUGGUGGUGGUAGUGAAGCUGCCGGUAGUGGUGGAGGCGUGUAAAGUUAUCGUAGAACAGCUGACCGGCGAUAAACGCGUCGUGGCACGUGGCAUGUCACGAGAUAAUUAACGGCCGACGUUCGUCAUCAACAUCGAACAACGGACAUACCUUUUUUGAUCGGUAAUCCAAUUCUAUCCUUCAAAAUGGCAUGUCCAUUCUCAAGAGCACACACCACGGAGAUCGAGCCGUCGGACGACGAACGGGCCGUUAGCAAGUCGACGAGAAUUUCUGAGGACAGAAGCAAACCCUCCAGGCAGUCCUCCGUACAAAUAGCCUGCUCUCUUCUAGCAGAGGACAAUGACGACAUCGAGGACACGCAAACGCUUAAUCUGAAGCACCUCAGAGCCGCGGUCCUCGUCCUGACAAACCCAUCGAACGAAGUGAUCGCUGUAGCUUUGGAGGCCCUAUUGAGCAAAAGCGAAGUGUCUCUUCCAAGUUCUACAUCCCUAGACAAGCUACUUUAUAACGUCGACACGGAAAAAAACUACAACUUGUUGGAAGAUAUAUAUGAAACAUUAAAUUACGACUGCGAAGUCGACGUCGAAGCGUUUCUCGACGAGCUAGGACAAGAAUUGAUCACUACUGCAUGCGUCGGCCUUCUUGGGCGGGCUUUUCGAUGCCUUGGAAAUGAUCUGACAGCCUUCCUGACGACUCUCGACGGCGUCAACGACGUCGUUCAACAUCAGUCCGGCUCGGAUAACGAGGCCGAGUUCGUGUGCAUCGCGACACCGGAAGCGUUGGAGUUACAUUUCACGACCGAUUACCCGUCCGUCGCCUAUCUUCUCGUUGGUAGCCUCAAGGGCAUCGCCAGACAGUUUUAUAACGACAAAGCUGAUGUGUACAUAUUGCCCGAUCCUUAUAAUUCCAAAUUUUUUAGGUAUCGCAUCACGCCAGAACGUUAUAGUGAUCGAAUCGACGACGAUUCCGACGUAGUCGCGCCACAUUAUUUCUGUCCACUCUCCACUGAAGCCAGAGACCUUCGUUUGGGGGUGGCAAGCUUUUGCAAAGCUUUCCCAUGGCACUUCGUCGUCGAUAAAAACUUCGAGUUCGUCCAAUUGGGUGUCGGCUUUAUGAAAAUCUUCGGUCAUUAUUUGGAUCGCCUUGGAAGGGGAAUAUCGACGUACUUUGUGUUCACUCGACCACACGGGAUUACUUUGACCUUUCAAGAGAUUCUGAAGCGCGCGAACACGCCAUUUGUUCUAACGUUACAAAGGCCACACGGCGCUGAGAAAUAUCCUGCUGAGGGUUUGGAAAUGAAGGGCCAAAUGGUUCAUUGUCCGGAAUCAGAUUCGAUUUUAUUCGUGAGUUCGCCGUUUCUUAAUGGAUUAGACGGUCUCACAGGAAGAGGUCUCUUUAUUUCUGAUAUACCACUCCAUGAUGCUACGAGAGACGUUAUCUUAGUGGGCGAACAAGCAAGAGCUCAGGAUGGCUUAAGAAGACGUAUGGAUAAAUUAAAAAGCUCCAUAGAAGAAGCUAACAGAGCGGUCGAUGUUGAAAGAGAAAAGAACGUUAGUCUGCUUCAUCUUAUAUUUCCACCGGAUAUAGCGAAGCGUCUAUGGUUGGGUGAAACGAUUGAAGCAAAAAUGUAUUCGGACGUGACGAUGCUUUUCAGCGAUAUCGUCGGAUUCACAGCAAUAUGUUCGACAGCAACUCCAAUGAUGGUCGUAAAUAUGCUUCAAAAUCUUUACGAACAAUUUGAUAUAUUUUGCGGACAAUUGGACGUAUACAAAGUAGAAACAAUAGGCGAUGCUUAUUGCGUGGCGUGUGGUUUGCAUCGAAAUACAAAUACUCAUGCACAACAAAUCGCUUGGAUGGGCUUAAAAAUGAUACAAACGUGUACUCAACAUUUAACGCACGAGGGAAAACCUAUCAAGAUGCGUAUUGGUAUUCAUACAGGAAUGGUAUUGGCUGGAGUAGUAGGUAAAAAAAUGCCGAGGUAUUGUCUUUUCGGGCACAAUGUAACGCUGGCCAACAAAUUUGAAUCUACGAGCGAGCCAUUACGAGUUAAUGUCAGCCCCAUGACGUAUCUACACUUAAUUAAGACAUCAGGAUUCAUUUUGGAACCGCGGACCAAGAAUAAUUUACCGAAGGAAAUGCCAGCAAACACAUCUGGGACCUGUUAUUUUCUGAAUGGCUAUCAACACAGUGACGUAGAUGCAAAGGAAUCCUUAAACGCUCACAUUCAAGCUGCGAUUACAGAACUUGGAAUUUGCAACAACAUAUAAACACUUUUUUAAAGAAAAGAAAACAACGGAAAAGAAAAGAAAAGAAAAAACAAAAAAAAAAAGAAAACAAUCAGAAAUCCUUCGAUGAAACACACAUCAACUAGCCUUUUCUCUUCAUCAACUUUAUCGAUAAUUUCCUUCGAAAUCGAGAAAUUAAUAAAACGAUAAAUUAUUCGAUUUUAAUCAGAAAGCUAAGCGUGAAGGAGCUAUACACCGAUGUCGAGCUACACGUGAGACUACGGUUAUAACAAAAGUCCAAUGAGAAAUCCUAUGUCGAUAAUAUUUAUACGCAGAGUUUUAGGUUCGAAAUGAUUAUAUACUUAUGAACAAUGCGACAAGUAAACUCUAUGACGAAUUAAA